AUGGCGCGCAAAAUCCGCGAUACCAAAGUCUUCAAGGCCUGCUAUUGGCUUGUGGGCACGCGAAGCCGACGCCGCACCCUGCUUCGGGUAGCCAUCGUCAUACUCGUCAUCCCUAUUGUCUUACAAUGGUUCCUCGCCUAUAUCGUCGGUAGUGAUGCACGCCUGCUGCCGCCGGAACUGCUACGGUCAAAGAGCCUCCUGGUGGUGACGGCACAUCCCGACGAUGAGUGCCUCUUUUUCUCGCCAACCAUCCUGGGCAUCCUCGAUAGGAACCGUGCCAUCAAUGGCGGGUUGCUAGUCAUGUCGACCGGAAACAACUAUGGCAAAGGCGAGACGCGCAAGCAAGAGCUGAAAGGCUCAUGUCAAGCCUUGGGUAUCAACCCAUCGAGAUGCGAGGCAUUGAAUCACCCUAGCCUCCAAGACAAUCCCCGCAAGUGGUGGGAUACAAACCUCAUCCAGGCCAUCGUGAGGGAGUAUGUCAAGAAGUGGGAGGUUGACGCCAUAAUUACCUUUGACGAAGGUGGUGUGUCUGGACACAUCAACCACAGAGCUGUCAGUGCAGCCGUGAGUGAAUAUGUGUUGGGUGACAAAGAUGCUCCUCCAGCAUAUAAGCUUGUCACCACGGCAGUUCUCAGGAAAUAUACUUUCUUGUUCGACCUGCCAUUGACAGCGCUGUCUUUUACUUGGCGAAUCAUCUCUGCGAUUUUUUAUCCGUCCACAAAAGCGAGCCCAGAGAUUAGCUCAAAGGCUCUGUUGGCCAAUUCGUGGCAUCGUUAUGUCAUGACGCGCGGCGCCUUUGCCAGUCAUGAAAGCCAGUAUACGUGGGACCGCCACUUGUACAUGAUCCUCAGUCGAUACGUGUGGUUCAACGAUCUCAAGAGAAUACCGACACAAAUAGGAUCAUCAUAA